CACUGAAGUGUCACCGGCUUCCUGGUCAGACUUGACCGGUCAGGCUUUGCAUCACUUUCCACAGAUUUCUACUCAGUUUUUCCACUUCUCUUUGGAUCAUGUUUCCUGAUUAUGUGUUUUUGACAUCAGAGCAUGCAGUCGGUUCAGACAGGGUUGUGGGACCCCCACCCCCCAUCUAAACAUGCUUCGCCGCUACCUGCGCCGCCGCCUUCCAGUUCACGCCACACCCAUGUGACCACAGCCACUCCAGCCAAGCGGAUUACUUUUUAUAAGAGCGGCGACAGCCAGUUUGGGGGCGUCCGGAUGGCUAUCCACAAACGUAGCUUUAAAUGCUUUGAUGCCCUGCUGGACGACCUUUCUCAAAAGGUGCCCCUUCCAUUUGGAGUGCGGACUGUGACCACCCCCAGAGGUACUCACACCAUCAAACACCUGGAGCAGCUUCAAGAUGGCGGCUGCUACUUGUGCUCUGACCGGCGCCAGGCUAAGCCCAUUAACAUGGAAUUGGCCGGCAAAGGCCAAAGCGUUUGGCACUAUCAGAACCGGAGACCUCAACGCCCUGAAAACUCCUCUGGAACCCCUCCUGGCCAUGUGCAUUUGCCUUACAGGCAGAGGCGGAUUUUGCUGGUGAAGAACAGUGAACCGGGGAUAAGAAGGAGCAUCGUGCUGAGCAGGAGGUCAACCAGAAGCCUGAGAGCUUUCCUGGAUGAAGCGUCUGAGGUUAUGCAGUUUCAUGUUCGCAAGCUCUACACUGCAGAAGGACGCAGGAUUGACAGUGUGCAAAGCUUGGUGACUUGUCCUGGCUUACUGGUGUGUGUUGGACGGGAGGCUUUCAGCCCUAUGCUCAUAAACUUCAUAAAAAAGACUUCAGAGGAAAAGUUGCCUGGUUUGGGGAGUAAGUCUCCUGGUCUGGGUCCAAGGAUUCCUGGUAAUGGCGCGAGAUCUCCUGCUACCCAAAGCAUAAGGUCCCCACCUCAUGGAGCUCAGUCCAGAGCUAGUGAAUAUGAUGAGGGGAAUGAAAGCAAGAAAAAUGUUAACUUUGGUCUGGAGACCAAGAAGAGCAUCAUCCACCCUCGAUCUGAUUCCUCAACUCGCUCUGCUCGUUUCUCUUUGUCAUCUGAAAAGUCUUGUGGUGUUUUCCCCCAAGCAAGACCAUCAAUAACCAACGAUGACAUUGAAAAGCGGGUCGUUGUCAAUAAAGACGGCAGUCUAUCAGUAGAGAUGAGGGUACGUUUUCGCCUCCAGAAUGAAGAGAGCGUUGAGUGGUCCACUCAAAUAAAAAAAUCUCCUUCUCUUACCAAUGAUUGUUGCCCUCUGGGUCAAGCCCAGCAACAUUACCUGCAGCAAGGUACCUCAGAAAGCUGUUCUGACCCCGAUACAACACUCUAUGAGGGCGUUAAUUAUUCCAGAGGACCAUUUGCAUUGGAGGAGAACCAAUGCCAGUAUUGCUACCACAGACACGAAUUUGAUUUGUGGCAAAACCCCACACACAAACAUUCCCCUGCACCCCCUACGCACACAUCAAGUCAUACAAUGAUGAGACAUACAACCUCUUCAAGCUCUUCUUCUUCAUGCAAUUCCAGAAGAGUGAUUCGGUGCCGUGCACAGGUCUCUGGGUCUCCUCGGGGCUCUGGCUUAGAGCAGAGACAGUUAGUCCAGGAAGAGAUGUGUCUGACAGAGCAGGUGGAGGAACGAGUAGAGGUGGCACAGAAAGGGGACACCCAGGUAGAGGUCUGCAAAGUUAGCCGAUGCUGCAGCCGAACAGAGGUGGUCGCUAUAGAUAGCAACCUCCGACCACCCAGCGGGAGGUCAAUGGAUGGGGAGUUAAUGAUGGUCGAAGAUGAAAACCGAUCACUUUCUGCAAUAAGCAGCUCCUCACACAUUCUACAGUCUCUGAAAGAGGACCAGGAUGAUGAUGAGGAUGAUCUGCCACCAAGUGCUUCCCAGUGCUCCCAUAGAAAUGAACUAUCCCCCACUCCUACGCCAGCAACUCAUCCUAGUGAAGCGCCAACAAGCAACAUCUCAGCCUGUUCAGUGCAGUCACUCAAACUCAAGAAGAAGGAAGAGAACAAGGGAAGCAGGGCUUCAUCCUGUAUGUGUGGAGCAUCCAUCCAUCCCUCAACAGGUGACCAAGAUCAGAUGGAUCUACUGCCCAGUUCCAUGUCCCAAAAAUCAGAGGAAAAAGGAGAAGUCAUAAUUGAAAAUGAAGAAAUCCGCAGGAGUCUUAGUAGUUUAUCCAAAAAUACUGGACUUUCAGCAAACUCACAGAAAUCAUGGGCAUCCAAUAUUUGCCCAAACUGUGGAGGUUGCAAACGUCCAAACAGCUCCAUAUCAGCUCAGACUGAGUUGUCUGCUAAGUCUAACAGGUCCAAGGACACAAAUGAAAUUCAAUCACUAAAAACAAGAUUGGAAAAAGAGGUAGAGAACACCACAGAGAGAUCACCCAGCUCAUUGACAAGCAAAUCUGGUGCUUCAGUCAAGUCCCACAAAUCUAGCUGUCCAUCAGUUACUAAAGAGAAGUCCCCAUCAGAUAAAACAGAUAUAGAAGAAGGUGACACAGAUAAAAGACCUCACACUAGCCUUUCUGUUAAGUCAAAUGCCACUGGGAAGGCUGAAAGUAUCCUGUCGGAUAACUCACAUACGUCAAAGGUUUCAGCAAAAUCUGUCUCAUCGUGCAAACAAUGUGGAAAAACAGGAACUCCAGAAAGCAAUGAGAAAGAUGGACUAAGCAGCGUAAGAGAAAAUGAGGAAGGACCAGGAGAGGAGGACAGAGCGACAAGUACAAUGUCAGCAAAGUCAAAUCUGUCCGCUAAGUCGAACAAAUCCCAUAGGUCCACUAAAUCUUCUAGAAAAUCAAAUCGUCCUAGGUCAGAAAAUGGCAAGGAGGCUGAAGAAAGUAGUACAAGUCAAAUGUCUGGAAGAUUAUCUGUUACUACAGAAUCCUGCAAGUGUAAUGAUAAUGGAAAGGCACUGUCUCCAAUCUUGAAGGUGAGAAACAAUGAAGAACAUAUGAAUAACAGGCCAGAAUGUAUGAUGGCAGAUCAUUUAGAAGAGGAAAGGAGGUCAAGCAGUGCCAAGUCAUGUAAAUCUGCUACUUCCACGAAAUCUCAAAUUAAAAUCGAAGAGUUUGACAGAUCCCCGAGUGCUACCUCAGAAAGAUCUCACACCUCUGUGAAGUCCUCCAAGUCAAAGAGGUCAAACCACCCAAAAGACUCUCAUAAUGACUCCGAUCUUCCUUUGACUGAAACAAACAAGAGGCAAACUGAAAAUGAACCUCAUGAGGUCCUGGAGAGUGCCAUGUCUGUAAAAUCAAAAACAUCAGUCAAGUCUGGUGCUUCUACCAAGAAUCCCCCAUCUACAAACCGUGUUACUAUCAAAACACAAGGAGCAGAUGAGGAUGAAAAUGAGGCAAAUGAUGGAGAACCUUGCUCAAAUAUUUCUUGUAUCAAAACACUACAAGCUGGUGGGAAUGUGAAUGAUGCUGCAACAACAGGAACAUAUUCUAUAGAUCCUCAUGGCCAAACACUCUCGCCAAUAAGAAAACCUUCAUCCCGCUCACAUUCUGCCUCCACCAGAGGUUCUCAGUCCCCUGUGCAAAAUUUGUUUCCUAACUCUGGUGCUGGUGAGCAAAGAGGGCACAGUUCCUUAUCUGUCCACUCUAAAACCUCUAGUAAAGUAAGCAGAUCCACUUGCAGCUGUGGAGGAGGCUCUGUACUUGAAAAGAACAAUAAGGCAGAAGAUAUAACGAAUGAGGGAGAUCUGAAUAGCUCAUCAACAAGACAAAGGAAAGAAUCAGGAUGCACGGAUCAUACUUUAAGUCGUAACUCAUCCGGAUCAAUCUCUUUGGGGCUUCCAGAGGAUCAGGAAACAGCUGGAUCGGACUGUGGCAAAUCUAGUGUGUCUUUUUGCAGCAAUGACAAAAAAAGUCCUUCCCUUCUCAAUCCUCCUGUUGUUGAUAUCCCAACAAUUGAAGCUCCCCGAGGAGGUAAAGAAGAGGGUGGAGAACAACCCACAGAGAGAGCAGGCAGUGGAAGGAGAGUAAAAAGCAGCAGAUCUCGUAGAUCAUGUUGCACCUGUGGUGUACAGUCGGUAGCUCAGUCUGAGAAAAAGAGCACCAGUUCUCAUCCUACUAAAGAUGUUGAUGGAACAGAAAGCAUGACGUCUGCUGCAACAACAAAUGUUAGCCCAACAGAUAUGCCAAACAGCAGAAGCUCAUCAGCAGUGUCAGGAAAGAACGUUAAAAGAAAAUCACCUUCUGGUUUUCCUGCAAACAAUGAUAAUGGAAACCACAAUACCAGUAGACCAGGAAGUAAGACCAAAGGUAAAGAGGAAAGCACAGGAAGUGUCCACUCCCAAAGUCACAGUGGUAUUCGGCCUAACUCAACAGCUUUGGUGCAGUCAGAGACAAUAAAACCUUCAGAGGAGUGUACAGUACCUUUGGAUUCAGAGAAGCUAGGAGCUGACAAGUCGAGUGUAAUAGGAAGCGAGUGUGGAGGUAGCAAAGUGUCCAGUUCUGGGCAAAAAGACACCCCUGUCAAAUCAUCAACUCCUUGUUCCUUACACAGCCCCAAACCAACCAGUAAAGUCAAACCAGGUACCGACAGUACCCUGUCUCACUCUUUGUCUGCUGCUGACCUAUUUAAAGAAAGCUUGGCUGCUGCACACCAGCAGAGUUGCCAAUCAAAAGCCAGUAAAACCAGUGACAAGGCCCACAGCGAGAAAAGUGGAAGGUCUCAGAAAAAUAAGAAUGGAAUUGAUGAAGACGAUGUGAUAGAACUGACACCUGAGUGUUUGCCCAAUGCAUCUCCCAAUGAGGUGGUUAGUGACUGGUUGAGGAGCAUCCCUGCUAACAGUAGCAUGCUUACACUUGGUAAUGAGUUAAAUGAGGAAGAAACAGAGCAAGAGGAACAAGAGAUGGAGGAGGCGCUGACAGAGGAAGAAAAAGGGGCAGAGGAGAUGGAUCCUGAGGACGACAAUGUGGAAGUAGGGGAGAAGACUGAGCCACAAGAAGAGGAAAAAAAGGUUGGAGAUGAAGGAGCAGACCCAACUUCAGGCAAUAUAGCGCAUAUAUCUUCUCAUUCCAGGAACUGUCAUUCUUCUGUAGCACUGAUGAAGGUCCUCCUAAGCUCCUCUCUGGGUCGAUGCUGGAGCAUGCCUGAGGUGUCUCCAGUUUACGGUCGCAGACUGAGCACAUCGGCCAGGGGGCUUUUGGAUUGUUUGGCCCAGCUCCAGCUCAUUGAGCCUAUGGUCAGCAGCCAUGAACAGAAGGAUCGGAAGCAGCAGUAUGAUGAGAUUAUGGGCACUCUUCAGUCCCUGUGGCUAUCUGAACCAAAGAAGGUUGAAGGCAAGGUGACAAAAGACGGUGGCACAGAGCAGGUGUCUCCACCAAGGUCCUCUUCUGGUGUGGGUAUGAGCAGCGGUUCAGCUGGAUCAGGGAAGAGCAAUGGGAACCAAGGAGAGGAUGUAAAAGAAACAGAAAUCCUGCAUGAGGAAGAGGCAGUGGGAAAGGUUGUUGAAGAGGUGGACGGAAAUGCAGCAGGCAAAGAUACAGAAGUUGAGGAGGCACACCAAACAGAGCCAGCCGAGGAACCGAUGAAGAGUGAAGAGCAAAGCCUCCCUCCUGUUAGCUCAAAAGUCACAGAUAACCCCUCAUCAUCAGAAAAGAGCUCUGCCAAUGAAGGCUCCAAAUCACCCACAGAUAACGAAAGAGAUACUCAAGAGGACUCUGGCUCAGGGACCCCCCCAAAUGCUCCACGGCCACCUUUAUCCAAAAGAUCAUCCCAAGAUCCAGAUCCGGUUUGGGUACUAAACUUGCUGAAGAAGCUGGAGAAACAGUUUAUGAGCCACUACAUUGAGGCCAUGGCAGAGUUUAAAGUCCGCUGGGACCUUGACGACAGCCUCAUCCUGGACACCAUGAUCUCCGAGCUGAGGGAGGAGGUGAGCCGGCGCAUCCAGAACAGCAUCGAGCGGGAGAUGAAGAAGAUCCAAGGUCGAGCCGGUAGAGGAGGGAGGUCACCUCGGCCACCACAGUUAGCAAACAUGUCUCGUGAUUCCACCAUGACUGAGAAGAGGCGUCGGAUGCUGAAGGUGAUGAAGAACCAAUCAGUGAAAACUGCUGAAUCCCUCACUGACGAGGAAACGACAGCUGAUUUCAGCGACCAGCGAAGUGACGACGAGUACUGCCCUUGCGAUGCUUGUGUCCGCAAGAAACUAGCGUUUCGGCCUUUCAAAAAGAAUCCGCUGGCAGCCGAAGCCCCCGUGAUGAUGGAGUUUGACCUCCUUAAGAUACUUCAGCUAAAGAAAUGCCCAGUCCCUCCCCCUGCUGUGCCAUCAGUGGCAAGGGAGGAAAGGCCGAAUACAGAUGAAGAUGGCAGGAAUUUAGGUAUUGUGGAAGAAGAAGAGGAAGAAGAAACCAAAGAGGACAUCAAAGCCGAUGUUGUUUUAGAGGAGACAAUUCCAGAAGAAGAAGAGGAGGAAGAAGAGGAAAAAGAUGAGGAAAUAGGAAUUGUAGAGCAGGAAAAGGAAAAUGGUACUGAAGAUGACGAGCUGGUAGUAAGAGAAAGAACUGAGGAGGUCACAGAUCAAGGUGAGACGUCUGAAAAUGAAGAGGAAGAGGAGGAGGAAGGAGGAUGCACUUGUCAGUCUGAAAGCAACAAAGAAGAAGAGGGUGACGCAGAUGAAACAAGCGAUUGCACAGAUGACGAAGGGGAGGCAGGAGAAGACGAGAAUGGGCGACAUGAGUCAGGAACAGAAGACGACGAAGAAGAGAGCGAUAAGGAGACAGUGAAGGAUGCCACAACAUGCGAGGAGGAGAAAGAAUCAGAAGAGGACGCAUCUGCAAAAAUUCCAGAAAAUACGUCGGUGGAGGAGCUGAGGGAGGAAAACAUCAGCACAUCAGUGGAGGAGGAAGAUAACGGAUCAGGAGGGGAGGAGUCACAGGAAGAGGAAACGCAAGGAGGCAGUGAGGAGCAGGAUGAAGAGGCCUCUGAGGAGGAGAGAGCUUCACAAAAGAGCCAAGAUGCAAUUCCCCCUGCUGGUGUGACGGAUGGGGAAGAAGCGGAUGCCGAGGAUUCGGACAACAGCAAACGUCAGAGCGACACCAGCGCUGAAGAAUCUGCACCGGAGGAAACUGGUGGCACUGCUGAAGAAGAGACGAAAGACAGCGAUGGAGAAGACGGUGAGGAAGAUGCUGUGGAGGAGUUUAGGCCUGAGCAGGAGGGUAGAGAGGAGAAGGAGGCUACUAAGAGCAAAAAAGAAGACGGGGCUCUUCUCCACCAGUUCACCAGGACCUCGGUGGAAUCCCAGUCAGGCUCGAUGGAGGAAGUCCGCAUGGAUCUACCUUCAAACUCUGCUGUCAAACGACCAAAAUGAUUAUAAACUGGACGAACAACCACAGAGCAGAACGACUAUCGGCUCUUUUAGGAACUACGCUGGUUCACCGCUCAAACGUUUGGUUUUAAAAUCUCUCUUGAACACUUGAAGCACUUUACUUCACUGGAUUUUGCAUAGAAGUCAUCAUGUUGACUUGCUGAAGUACUCAUACCCCUCAGUGUUUUCAACAUGCUGUCAUGUUCCAACCUCAAAUUUUCCUGUAGUUGAUUGUGGUUUGAUGUAAUCGAUGAAUACAAAGCACCAUACUUAUGUAAUAAUAGCAAAUGGUAAUAUUAUGAAGAAUGUCAUUUUUCAUGUCAAUUAAAACCCCUAAUGCUUAGACUAGAUCCCCAUGAAUUAAUUUACCUAAACACCCCAUAAGAAAAGAGUUUUCAGGGUUUAUUUGUCAUUUAAACCAAAGCAUCGAAGAAUCAUGAGUCCACUUUUAGCCCCCGGAGUAAAUCUGAAUCUUUUAUAAAUCACUUAAAGGUAUAGUGGAGGAUCUUCUUUUUCUGGGUGGAUCAUAAAAUUAAGUGGUCCUUCUAAUUGUCAGUCAUUCUGAGGAUAUGUUUACAUAAGGCCGUCCUACGUGCUCGUCACUAUUUUCACGUACCGGUGGUAAGUCUGACAUAGUGGAAAAAUUGCAGAUCUUCUUUUGGAAAAUAUGCUUGUAUGAGCAAUGCAAACAGCAACUUU